UCUUUUCGAGAAAGCAAAACCACCGCCAAUAACCAACAAAGAAAAGAGCACAGGCGCUUCACAACAAGUACAACAAAAAAUAUCAAAUUAAAAAAAAAAAAGAAAAGAAGAGAGAGAGAGAGAGAGGAGGAGGAGGAGGAGGAGAACCCAAAGAGAGGCCAUGAAGCCCCGAUCGCAACGAACCCUAGCUAGGGUUUUCUCGAGCUAGAUCCCUCCAUGGAGAGCCCCUCCGAGGAGCUGAUGAAGAAGAUCCAGGAUCUCGAGGCGGGGCAGGCGCUUCUGCAGCGGCAGAUCUCCAAGCUCAUCCCCGGCGGCGCCGCCGCGGCCGCUGAGGUGGAGAGCGGCGACGGCGCCUCCCGGAGCCCGGAACUGGGCCGCGCCGCGCUUCCCGAUGCGACGCCGGCGCCGGCGCCAGCGCCCGUGCCCUCGGGGCGUUCGGUGAGGCCGCGUGCGGGGUCGGCGUCGACACCGGCGGUGGUGUCGUGUGGGUUGUCGGAGAGGCAGUGCUUGAGGGUUCUGCAGUUGAUGGGGCAAGCGGUGCACAUAUUCGAUCCCUACGGCCGGAUCAUAUACUGGAACCGGUCUGCAGAACAUCUCUACGGUUAUUCUGCAUCAGAAGCGCUAGGUCAGGAUGCCACCGAGCUACUCUUUGAUGCCUGUGACUUCAACAUUGCAAGUGACAUCAUCCAUCACGUAACAACGGGGGGGAGCUGGUCAGGGAAGUUUGCUGUUAAGAACAAACUAGGGCAGAAAUUUUUAGCUAUUGCCACCAAUACCCCUUUCUAUGAUGAUGAUGGUACUUUAGUUGGCAUCAUUUGUGUGUCAAGCGAUUCACGUUCCUUUCAGCAAAUUGCUGGCCCUUCAGUUGAUACAAAGCCCCAACCAAAUCUCUUCAGUAAUCGACUUGGAAUUGCUUCAGCAAAUAAAGGCGGUUCUGAUCAACCACCUCUGCAAGUUGCUAUUGCCUCUAAGAUUACAAAUCUGGCUACUAAGGUCACGAACAAAGUCCGUUCUCUUAAAAAGGGUGAAAAUGGCACAGAAUGCGAAAGUGGUAGUGGUGAUAGUCAAGUUUCCGACCACAAUGCUGUUUCCUCAGACCAUAAGGAGCAAGGAACAUCAAUUGAAGUGAGCAAUGAAAAGUCUCCUCAGAAAGCAAGCAAGGAUAAUAAUGAGGAGACCGAAGGGAAAGUAGGGCUCCACAAGAUUUUAAGCUCAAAGGCCGAGGCAUUAUUUGCUAAAAAAGGAAAUUUGUGGCCAUGGAAAGGGAAUGAAGAUGAGGAUCCAGAUGCAAAAAAUCGACUCCUUUGGCCUUGGUCGCAUAUUGAAAAUGAAAGCGAUCACAAUCAUCCAAAGCAAGAAGGACAAGUAGUUGAAAUCAACAGAACUGGCAACAAUGAAGUGACCGGCUCGUGGUCUUCUUUGAAUGCUAAUAGUACUAGCAGUGUUAGCAGCAGCGGAAGUGCUAGUAGCAGCAUUGUCCAGAAAUUAGAUUUGGAAACCGACUGUUUAGACUAUGAGAUUCUGUGGGAGGACCUCGCAAUUGGAGAACAAAUAGGUCAAGGUUCUUGUGGAACGGUAUACCAUGCUCUAUGGUAUGGUUCGGAUGUUGCAGUUAAAGUGUUCUCAAGGCAGGAAUAUUCAGACGAUGUUAUACUUUCAUUUAGACAAGAGGUAUCUUUAAUGAAGAAGCUGCGACAUCCAAAUAUACUACUAUUCAUGGGUGCAGUUACCUCUCCUCAACGCCUUUGUAUUGUGACAGAGUUUCUUCCCCGAGGGAGCUUAUUCCGGAUGCUUCAAAAGAACACUACCAAGCUGGAUUGGAGACGGCGCACUCAAAUGGCUUUAGAUAUUGCAAGGGGCAUGAAUUAUCUUCACCACUGCAACCCACCCAUAAUUCAUCGUGAUCUGAAGUCAUCAAAUCUGUUAGUCGAUAGGAAUUGGACUGUUAAGGUUGGGGACUUUGGUCUUUCACGACUCAAGCGUGAAACUUAUUUGACAACAAAAUCUGGGAAAGGAACUCCACAAUGGAUGGCACCAGAAGUUCUUCGAAAUGAACCUUCGGAUGAAAAGUCCGAUGUUUAUAGCUAUGGGGUAAUACUCUGGGAACUUGUCACUGAGAAGAUCCCUUGGGAUAGUCUUAAUUCAAUGCAGGUCAUAGGAGCCGUAGGGUUUAUGAAUCAGAGGUUGGAGCUCCCAAGCGACCUGGAUCCUCAGUGGGUGUCGAUGAUCGAGAGUUGUUGGCACAGUGAUCCAAAGUGCCGGCCGACAUUCCAGGAGAUAAUGGAAAGACUUAAAGAUUUGCAGAGGCAACAGAUAAUGCAGUCUCAGACGCUGCGGAACGCAGGAAAGCUAAGCAUUCAGGAUUAAAGUCUUCUACAAACAUUAUGAUAUAUGGAGCUGCAUCCAUUUGUGAGAUCCAAAAAGAAGAAUCUUAUCAGCCUCGUGAUGUUCUCUUCAUGAAAUCAAUUCGGCCGUAGAUUAAUUUGGCCGAAAUAGCCAAUGCUGCAAAAUUAUCGUAUUGAUCGCGUGCCUUUUUAACAUUCAAAAUUGGAUCCUAGAAUGCAAAGAGGAUUUAUCAAUUUGUUGCGCCAUCCGUGACUCAAAGAUCUCAGAUUUGUGAAGAUUCCGUGUCGAUUAAAUUUAGAAUUGGAAAGAAAGAAAUGAUGGAUGCUGUAAUCACCUCCCUCCCAAGUUUGUAAAGAGUAUCAUUCCAGAGCCAUUGUAAUAUUCACUUGUACUAAUAAGUGCUUAUUUUUAGCUUCUUGAUGUAUGAGUUAAGUGUUUGAGAUUCCA